AUGAGCAGCAAGACGACCGACGUGAUGGACGGCGCGGUGGCCAUGAUGGAUGAGAACAGCAGCCCCAACCCGAAGGGGAACGACAAGAAGCGGGCCGCCCCGCAGUCCAAGCCGUCGCCAAGCGAUGGGAAGCGCGCGCGGACCGACGCUUCCGACCCGACCAUCAUGAAGUCCGAGUUCAUGGCGUACCAGGCGAUGGACAGCGCCGCCUUGCACCAAUGCGACGCGGCCGACUUGAAGGCGGUCGCGAAGCGCCUCAAGCUGGGCUACAAGCCCAACAAGAAGAGCUGCGUUGAGGCCAUUUUGAAUUAUUAUAGAUUCAUCACUGUCGGGUCCAAGUGCGCCCCGCCGUUUCUCCCCGAGAUCAACGCGCAAGACGAAGACCUUCGAGCGGAGGCUGUCGCGAUCUCAGCGCCCGAGGCUGCUCAAGAGACGUUGAAGGACGACGAGGGCGAGAGCAAGCUCAACAUCAGCUAUGACACGGAUGACAUGAACGCUCUGGAGCGGGAGGCCCACAUGCGAUCAUUGGAGGUCGUCGCGGGCCUCAAUGACAGUGUUGCCAACGAGAGCAGCGAGAGCGAGAGCAUUGAUAGCGAAAGCAUCGAGGGCGAGAGCAGCAAUGACGAAGCUUGCUACGAUAUCGACGACACUGUCUUCCCAUACGGCUCGGCUUCCUGGGACAACAAAGUGCGCGAGCAAGGCACGCUCUCGCGCGAGCGCGCCCACGAGGUUUUUGGGGCACCUGCCGACGUCGUCUUUGACCGUUUUCCCAACUUGCCCAACGCUCGUGUGUCGGGGGACUGGCCGAGCGGCUUCAGUACGCUCGUGAGCACCACGACGUUUGAAGAUUUUCGAUUUGUCAAGGAUCUCGACUGCGGCAAGAGCUGCGUUGUCCGCGCGGCGGUGCACGUGCCGUCCAACACUAUCGUGGCUGUCAAGGCCAUCCCGCUGGACGCACUCAAGGACGUGCGCCAAGCAAUCAACUUCCGCCGGGAGGGUGAAUCCCAAAUCCGCAUCCGGUGCGCCCACAUCGUGGCGGCAUACAACUGGUUCACGCACAAGGGCCGGGUGUACAUCGUCCAAGAGCUCUGCGCCAAGGGCAACCUCCUCAACGCGCUGCUCCAGUCCAACGGCGCGUUUUCGACAUUUCGCGUGGCCAGCAUCAUCCGCCAGCUCGUGCGCGGGCUUACCUCUAUCCACGGCAAGGGCGUGCUCCACCGCCACCUCCGUGUGGAGAAUAUCCUUCUGGACCACAACGACGUGGUCAAAAUUACCGACUUCGGGUUCUCGGCCUGCAACACAAAAGGAGGUCGUCUCUCGAACGACAACCGCAACCUGUACUCCGCGCCUGAGAAACUGGAAGGAAAGCCCCACUGGACUUCCGUGGAUCUCUGGGGCCUCGGCAUCGUGUUGUACACGUUGCUCAUGGACGGCCAUGGCCCACCCCGCUACGACGCCACGAACGCACCGACACCGUCGAAGGUCGACUACGUCAUCCUCCCUGUUGAGAUCCCGGCCACCAUGUCGGAGAACGCCGCUCACUUGGUCCGCAACCUCCUCGUUGAGAAGGAAGAGGAGCGUUUUACGCUCUCCGACGUCGAGAUGCACCCGUUCACAACCACGGGCGUCUAAGAGCUCCAUCAAUCUAUGCAUAAACGAACUCGAAUCCAGAAUUUUUGCACGCGAA